UUUGUGUGUGUAGGGAGGGAGCGUGUGAUAUGUCACCGCUGUGUUCUGUGUUCUUCACGCGUGUGUUUUCUCGUGCAGGAGGUGGCAGUCUGUUCGGUACGUCCCCAGCGUCCCUCGCCGCACUGCCUCCGUACGCUCACCUGCCCGGUGCCUACUCGAUGCUCAGCCACCCGCUCGCGGGUCUCCCGCUGCCGACGUCACCCAACGACUACACCGCGAUCAGCUCCCUCAACUACUCACAGACGACAGGUGGCGCUGGUUGGUGGAUGUCGGCGUCGGAGCACGUGCGUCGCAUGGCGGCACUGAACGACUACUUUGCGGCGGGUCUCAGCGUCGGCUUCCUCCCUACGUUUGGUACGGGGGUGCCUGACGGCGUCCGACCGUCCGGCUUUGAUGCGCUGCUGCAGCAAAGUCUGCUGGCGAGUCCAUCAUCACAAGAUCUCCGUCUGGGUAAGAACAAUUGCACGCCGUCAUCGUCAGCGUCAGCAUCAUUGUCAACACUGUCGUCAUCACCGUUGUCGCUCGUCAGCAGUGCUGCCCCCACUGUGUCAUCCCCGUCACAUUCCACGCCGAGGCCAUCUUCCAGGUCGAGGAGUCGGACACCGUCGUCCACUCCAUCCUCAGCAUCAACGAGCUCCAUCCCACCGUCAGCCAAGCAUGCCGUAACCACGACGACAACAGCAUUCAUUGUGCGAUCGCCCGUCGCCAGCACGAGCGCAGCGUCGUCAUCCGCGCCGCACACGAGCAGCUUCUUCCUACCGCCGGCGCCCUCUCCUGGCCGGCCGGACAAGUUGCCGUCGGCGACCGCGACAAAGUCGAACACUCCAAAGAGCAGCUCGGCGAGCGAGGGCAAGCAGAAGACGGCGGAGAGUUCCUCUGACAGUGAGGUGGCGGACAGCGAGGGUGCUGACGUUAGCUCGGGCAGCAGUGUCAGCUCAGACUCCGCUUCCGAUUCAACCGACAACGAUGACAUGAGUCUGCAGCAGGUAAAAGCUCAACUGAAGGCACGGCAGAAGGAGCUGCUUGCCCAGGAGAGGAAGCUGAAGCAGGAACAGAGGAAGUCGAUGGAGAAGAAGCUUCUCACUCACGAGCACAAGCAUCCUGACGAGUUGUCGCCGUCACCUUCCCAGCCACCAUCCUUCGUCUCGGUGCCUCCGAUCUCGGCAUGUAGUCUGCUGACCCAGGCAGCAUGUGCAGUUAGCAAUGAGACGGCCAUCGACCUGUCAAUGAAGUCGAGCCGCGAGCCGGAAACGCCUGCCAUACACUCCACUGAGAAACUAAAGAAGCUGUAUGCAGGUGCAAAUGCGGUUUCGUUACUUAAGCCACCCGCUGUGAUCGCAAAACCAAAGUACGACCCUCAGACUAUGACCCCAGAGGAACAUCAGGCUCGGCAGGAAGAGCUAAAGGAGCUGUUGGAAGCUCAACUGAAGCAGCAGCAGCAACAGCUAAAGCUCGCACGUAAGAUGGCUGCACAGCGAGAGAAGGAGCUCAGCAGUCAUCCUCAUCCUCAUCCGCAGCAGCAGCAGCAGCAGCAGCUCUCCCUUCUUAAACCCAGGGCUCGCGGUGGUCGCAGCACAAAGACGUCGCAGGACGGGGUCGGUAGAGGUCGCGGCCGGGGUCGAAUCACGUCGUCGAGUCGCGCCAUCGCGGCGGCGCGUAAGCAGCAGCAGAUGGCAGCGCAGCGCAUGCUGCAGCAGCAGCAACGCGUCUGGCAGCUCUCACAGACGAGCGAGGAGAGUGCAGACGACAGCAUGUCACACGUCAGCGUGCUGAGCAGCAGUGAGACGGCGGGCACGACGACAAAGCGCCACCACGAGGACAGCAGUGACUCGGCAGCGGCGGCCGCGACGAAGCGUAGAAGGGUGAUACGCGACGAGCGAGAGCUGCGCACACCUCUCGAGCGCGGCUGGCGGCGGCAGACUAAGAUCCGCGCGCUGAGCAUGUGUGGAGUGCGUGGCGACGUGCUGUACUUUGCACCGUGUGGUAAGAAGAUGCGGACGUACCCGGAGGUGCAGCGCUACCUGGAGAAGCACCGCAUUGCCGACAUCAGCCGCGACAACUUCAGCUUCAGCACCAAGAUGAACAUCGGAGAGUUCCUGGACCCCCAAGCCGACGGUCAGGGAUUCUUGGUGUUGACUGAGGAGGAGAUCAGAGCUCGCAUUGACGAAUUCCGUGCACGCAAGAUGAAGAAGAAGACCAUUGGCAAUGGUGUUGGAGCACGCGGUGGUGGCCAUCGCAAGAUGAACUGGAAGGGUGGUGCUAUUGGACAGAAACAAGGUGCCCGUGGCAAAAUGAUGCGCAAGGCAGAGGCAAUGAGGCAGAGCAAGCACAUGGCACAGCAGCGCCUCCUGGAGGCAGCGCAGGAAGCAAAGCGCAUGAGAGAGGAGGAGAAGAAGAGGCAGAAGGAGCAUGUGCGUCUGCAGCGGCAGCAGGAGAAAUUCUACCGAGCCGAGCAGCUGCGUCUAGAGAAGGAAUACCGAGCCCAGCAGUUGAUCGAGGCAAGGAAACGCAGACAAGAGAACAUCCAGCGGGAGAGACUGCAGGACGCCAUGCGCAAAGCACAGUAUCUGCAGGAGCGAGAGAUGAAGAGGCAGCAAGCCGUACUUCUAAAGCAUCAGGAACGGGAGAGAAGAAGGCAGCACAUGAUGUUAGUACGAGCGCUGGAAGCAAGAAAAAAGCAAGAGGAAAAAGAGAGGCUGAAGGAAGAAAGACGUGUGGAGAAGAGGCACGUAAGAGAGCAGAAAAUCGAGCAGCGGAGGCUGGAGAUAAUGCGAGCGAGAGAGAUGAAGAAGCCAGUCGAAGACAUGCAGUUGAAGGAACCCAAGGUGCUGCCCAACCUCGACCGCAUCCCAGGCGUGAAGCUGGCAGGCGAAGCCUUCGCUAACUGCCUCAUGGUCAUCGAAUUCCUACACAACUUUGGAGACACGCUUGAACUCGAUGAUGAGAAGCUUCCAUCUCUGAACACGCUACAGCUGGGUCUCAUCAAUGAUGAAGAACACAUCAGUGAACUGCUCGACACUGUCUGCAUGCUGCUGCGCAUUGCCCUGCGUGAUCCAGGCAUCCCAUUGCUGCCUGAGGCACGUACCAUAUUUGGGUCGUCGAUUCUCGACGUGACCUUGGACCAGGACAAUGUUUCGGAGCUUCUCAGACUCUACUUAUGGUGCAAAAACAGCAAGACAGACGGGUUUGUGAGUCUGUUAAAGGACCAACCUUUCACCGCCUGCUGCCCAACAGACAAGUCCGAAAUACUCGCACUACUCUGCAAUGAUCUUCUCAUGAACAAGAAUGUUCUCAGUCAAAUUGAUGAGAAUCUGGAACAGAUGAACACACUCAAGCGUGACAAGUGGGUGCAGGAGGGUGAGAUAAGGAAGAUGAAGGGUCUACAGGCGCGCACUCAAGCCCUCGCCAGCAUGGACUGGAAGCCGCAGUGUCUCGAUCAGCAGGCAGCAACAGCAAGCUCAUCCUCGCAGCCUAACACGCCCCGCAAGGAAGCUGCCGCCGUAAAGCCAGACCACGAUGAAGAGCCUGCUGAUAGCAAACCCAAGGAUGCUGCGACAGCAGACAGUGAGGAGACACGUGAUGAGGACGGUAACCAUGACGACGAUGGUCACCUUGGUGACAAGGAAGAGGAGGAGGAGGAUGAUGAUAAGGACGACGAUAGUGGAAAUGAAAGUGAUGCUUCUGAUGGAUGCAUUGCAGCAGAUGACCCUGAAGAAGAUAAUGACAAUGACAAGGAUGAUGAGGAUGAGACGAACGAUGCAAGCACGAAGUGUGCACAGGUUGUGAGUGAGAAGGAGCAGCAGGGUGAUGAUGAUAGCUCAAGGCAGGCUGCUGAGGCCUCGGCGGGCAAUGAGGAGGAGAAAAGCAAGCCAGAGGAAGCCUAUGCUGAACCAGUGCUCGAGGCCGCCGACCCAGUUAAAAUGCAAAAGAAGGUUGACAGACUAUGCAAACAACACAGACAGAUGAAGAACAAGCUGACUGCGGUGUGUCACUCGCUGCGUGCGACGUCGUUCGGGCAGGACCGCUACCGCCGCCGCUACUGGGUGCUUCCCUGCGCUGGCGGAGUCUUCGUCGAGGGGCUGGAGUCUGGUGAUAGUCGGGAGGAGCCUCAGGUGGCGACGGGGAAGGAGGAGGGCGGCAGCGGCAAGCAGGAGGAUGAGGAGGAGGAGGAGGCAAGCGUUGCUGUGAAGACGGAGGAGGACGACGACGAGGCAAGCAAUCUCUUCCUGCAGAAUCCGUGCGAGUGCGGCCGCUUCAGUGACUUCAUGCCAGAUGGCGCCGCCGCGCGGGACACCGAGGCGGGCAGUCUUUCAGCCGGCGGCGCAGGGCCGGCGUCCCCUGGUGGCAGCUACGUGGGCGUGCCGGUGUCGUUCCGCACCGCACAGCCGCUGAGUGCCGAGCAGCUACUCAGGAACCUGUCUGAACAGUCUUUCCAGCAUCCGUGGUUCAGUGUGCUGCCUCGCUUCCCCUGUGACGAGCGCUCGAUCACGCGGCCGCAGCCCUCGCCCGCGCGCCUCCCCGUGCCAAAGUACCGCGGCGGCGGGAGCUGCCGCACGCUGCGCAUGCCCGCAGGCUGCGUCUACAACGGCGCGCUGCCGCCGCGGCCGCCAUCGUGCACAGAGGGCGCCACAGGCACUGCCACCGCUCCUGCGAGCCCAGCGCAUCAGAUGCAAGUGCAUAGCACGCGAGAUCAUGCCAAUCCGAAGCCUAUUCCUAUAGAGAUGCAGCGUGGCUGGUGGCGCAUCACCGACCCCAACCAGCUGAAGAGUCUCGUCAAGUCGCUGCAUGUGCGCGGAGUGAGAGAGCGCCACCUGCUGAAGCAGCUGCAGAAGCACAUCGACUACACCUGCCAGUCCUGCAGCAAGGGCCGCAAGGAUGUCACUGACCUGGAGAUCACUGAGCGUGACCGUGAGAUCUCCCAGAGUGUGACGCGGGCGCCGGACGUGGAUGCUCGCGGCAGCUGUGACGCGGCGCGCUCGCACGACAUCGAGAUGGAGAUCCUCACGCAGGUGGAGAGACUCGAGGAGCGACUCAUUAAGGCCAGCAUGCAGAUCAAGGGCUUCAAACUGCUGCCGAAGGCAACGGAUGACCCCACCUUGCAAUUGGUACCAAGGAAGCUAGGAGAGGAAGCCGAGAGUGUCACGGUGCAGUGCAAGGAGGAGGUGAAGGAAGAAUCCACCACGGAGGUGGACUCUCCUAUGGAGACAGACUCAGUGAAGGAGGAGGAGGAUGCUGAGAAGACAGAGUCAAAACAGGAGGAGCCAAGCUCGGCGAGAACAACAGAGGAUGAAGAGGAAGAGGAGGGGAAUGAUGAUGAUGAGGAGGGUGGUGAAGACACUGAGGAGGAGUCAGGCAUGGAGGAGGAGGUCGGGGAGGAGAACAAGAGGAACGUUCAUGCGUUUCAGGUUGCCGUGCAGCGGCUGCAGAUGUUUGAGGCGGCGAUAGAGCGACGGUAUCUCCUGCCUCCCCUCGGCAGCAGGUGCGUCGAUACAGGCAACAAGACACCACCGCUAGCAUCGCAGAGUGUGGAGGAGGUGGAGGUGUCGCCAGGGCUGGCUGUGUGGAGGCAGGCACUGGCCGUUACUACUAACCCUGCCCAGCUCUACAUGUGCCUGAAGUUACUCGAUCAGUGCAUAGCCUGGGACAAGUCCAUCAUGAAAGUGUUCUGUCAGAUCUGUCGCCGUGGUGACAAUGAAGCUGAGCUACUGCUGUGUGACAGCUGUGACAAGGGUUUCCACACGUACUGCUUUCGACCAAAAAUGGUUGACAUUCCCGACGGAGAUUGGUUCUGCUACGAGUGCGUGUCUAAGAGGACUGGUGUACCGAUGUGUCUGGUGUGUGGCAAAGCAUUUGGUAAGAUGGCGCGCUGUCAAGGAUGUCCUCGUGCCUACCACCUCGACUGUCUCUCACCAGCCAUGGACAGGAUGCCGAGAGGACGGUGGAACUGUCCUGACUGCACGGAGAAGAAGCUAGCACGGAAGGGCAGGAAAAACAAGGAGAUGCGUGAUCGGGAGAAAGACAUGGUUGAUGACACGCUCGAUGACACGACAUCCACUAUCUCUGAGUGCUCAUUCUCCGCACCGCCAUCAGAGGGCACCAGCAGUGUCAAGUCAGCACGCAUAUCGAAUGGAUCACACGACUUCACUUUCUGCAAGGCAUUGCUCGUGGACAUGGAGAAACACGAAUGUGCGUGGCCGUUCACGGCAGCGGUCGACACGCGUCAAUUCCCGCAGUACAAGAAGGUCAUCAGGCAGCCCAUGGAUUUCCAGAUGAUGCGCAAUAAGCUGCAGAACAAUGUCUACAAGGCGGUAGAGGAAUUUGCAGAGGACGCCAAGCUCAUCUUUCGCAACUGUGAGGUCUUCAACGAGGAUGACAGUGAAGUGGGGCAGGCCGGACACCGGAUGCGCAAUUACUUUGAUAUGCGCUGGGGGGCACUGGUGGAUGACAGCUAAGCGGCUGCACAAACACUGCCGCCACGUGGCGACGGCAAUCAAAGCUGCACUGUGAUUGAUCAGUGUGCUCCCCCUACUGAGGAAACGAGGACCAAUGAAGACGCGUUUCUGCUUGUUAGCCGCAGAGCUGCACUGUGAUUGGUUAAUAACUGUGUCGGUGUAGCAGCCUAAUCUGAAGUGGAUGUUGAAAGGUUCUGCUGUGAGCGUUUCUUGUUCGAAUAUAAAGUAUAAACGAUGGUUGUUGCAAAAGAAAGAGGCGGAGAAGUGGCGACGAGACAUUUGUUUGUCCACUCUAUCACUGAUGCAGUCCUUGUACAUAAUAUUCUGCCAAAACCUUGUGAUAUAUUGAAUUAUUGAUAUAGCCAGCUGGUGUGAGCCAAAACUGUCUGCCCUAAAGCUCUUUUGUAUGUACAGUCUUUCCAUGUUCUGGUGUGUAUUGGCAGUUCUUAUAUGCCGAGUUAUGGUGUUAAAUACACACUGAUGUUAUAGUCAUGUAGUUCAAAGUACACCCUUCUGAUACUGCCACCUUAAUGUUGCCCCCCCCCCAUUUAUCGUAAUCACAUCAUGAUUACAAUGUGGCCCAAUAUAGGUGGCACUGCAAUGUUAAUUUGUGCAAAUGGUUGUGCUUUCAUUGUAUGUUGUCAGUCACACAGGGCACGUAGUUGCAGAGUUGUUGUGCUGUGGUUCUAUUGACGACCAACAUGUAUUAUAGGCAGACGUUUCGUUUCAAGCAGUGAACAUUUGUUACCACACCCCACAAGCAGCAGCUCGCAUAGUCGCAUUAUAGAUGGCCGACUUACUGCGUUGGCGUUGGCUAUAUGAAUGCGAAUCAACCACUUUAAAGCAUAGGUUCGCGAUUUCACAGAGAUAUAAAUCAAGGUUGUGGGUACUGUGACCUCUCUCUUGUCAGCAAUUUUACUGACUUAGGUUAGUUAAUAUGCCCCCCCCCCACCUCAUCACAUACACACCUCCCAGUCUUUUUGCCAGUUGAUUAUAAAAAUACGACAUGUUUGAUCACUUUGCAAGAUCUGCUUAACUAGUUGCACCAGCAUUUCGCUUGCUGGUGGGUAAAAUAAGGUAAAAUGCAAUGUUGAAGAGCCGUACGUACAUGUAAAUUUCCAGCGGCUUGGAUAUCGUCGGUGUGCCUUUGGUUGUGUAACAGCACCAUGUAUUGUGAUUAUCCAAAGUUACCUGGUUACUAAGGCUCUGUAUAGAACGUUUCGCUCACGCGUGAUGGCACCAAUUAUCGUUCGCUCCCUCUGGGGUUUGCAGUUUUGGGGAUUUUUCUAGGGCAAAAUCUCAGCCGUAGAUCACUAGACUCAUCCACCCCCGCUGUAAAACUGAUCAUGUCUGAGUAGAGUGACUGUGCAUUGUCGUGCGCUUGCAGGUCGCAGCACCAACUACGUGCAGGCAUGUUUACGUGAAUGCUGGGAUUGUGGAAGAGAACAGGGAUAGUAAGCCAUCUUGUGAAGAACGGUAGUAGAUGGAAACAGUGGUAGCAAGUUGUAUCAUGAACCUGCAUAGAGGGUGAGAACGUGGAUAGCGUGUUGUUGUGAAGGUGCAUAGAGAAACAGAGCAGUAGAAGCGAGCUGUCUUAUAGCUGUUUAACUUUAUAUAGUGGUGUUGAUCAUAUAUUUAUUCUCUAAGUUAUUUGUGCAGCGGUCUGCCUCUAUACCAUGUCCAGCCCUUCGUAGCCUCUCACCGCUGCAUAUAUUGUAUAUGACGAUAUGCUGUAUUUAUUGUUGUUGUUUUUUUGCACAAAGGAUAUAAUCAGUGGCUGUUCUGUUGUGUCAGGAGUACAGCAUUUAUCAACUGAGCCCCCUCUCCCUGCAUCAUAUGCCCACUGCAAAAUAGCUUGGCACACAUAUACGUGCACGUGUGGCUAACUAACAUUCCUCUGGAAAAUGUCCUAGUGGAGUGCAGAUAUGUUUCAAGAGCAUCUUCUUGGAAAUGCGGUUGAAAAAAAGCAUGAAUCUGCUGUGAUGUGGAAUAUAGCUCUAUUCUUGUUCAUGUUGUUUGCACGUGGUGCAUGAUUCUAAAAUUUUGAGGACCAAACUUAGCCGAGCCGUUGCAUCACAGUGCUUCUGAGCAGCUUAUCAGGCAACGACCAUUUUGUGUUAGUCGCCGAGAUGACAUUGUUUUGCACUUGUUUUUCCAUUCGUGGAUUUAUCAUGUGAUGUAGCAUGUGCACUGCUGCGUGUAUUAUUACACAAAACGUCCAUGUGGAAUCCCGACAGUGGAUUCGUCAUGACUCGACCAAAGUCAUCGCUUUAUACUUGCAUUUACAUGACCUAUCAUUGCUGCCAGCACUCGGCAGGUAUGUAUGCCUGCUGGGUGCGAAGGUCAGCAAUUAAUGGCAAGGGUUACGAUGGUGAGCUGCAGCUUUUAUUUCUGUAGUUACAGCUGCAUUCAGUGGUUGAGCAGUGCAGCGCUAAUAUGAACGCCUGUAUCAGUGUGUGGACGCAGCAGCAGCAUUGUGAGAAACACACCAACAGACAGCCUCCCACCACUCGCCACGAUUCUUCCACGACAAGUCUGCUAGAAGCGUUCUGUAGCCGUGUGCCCAAUUCACUUGUAUUUGACAUCGAACUGUGGCGACUUGUUUUGAAUAUGAUAAGUGGAAAUUGUGAGAAAUGUGUCUGUAGAUUUUGCAAAGCCGUUUAUUGUGUGCGUGUGUAAGUUGAGCAGUUUAGCUGGUCUUGUGUAGUAGGUGGUAGCAGUGUAUUGUAGCAUAAGAAACUUGUUGUACAGAUUGAACAAUUGAAGACAAUAAAUAAACAUUAAAUUACAUACGG